AUGUCGUCCGAAAAGCCCCCGGGCUCUCGAGGCUCAAGCCCGGCCCAGAGCGUUGACAUCGCCCCCGUCACCGCGUUCAAGCCCACCCGCGACUUUGUCCUAGCCUUCUGCUCCAUGCUCAUGGUCGUCCUCGCCGUUGCUUUCGAGGCCACCACCCUAGCCGUCGCCCUCCCCUUGAUGAGCAGCGACCUUGGCGGAACCGCUCUCCAAGCCUUUUGGUCUGGUACCGGCUUCUUGCUGGCGAGUGCCGUGUUUCAGCCUACCAUUGCUGGAUUGAGUGCCGUCUUUGGCCGAAGUAAUCUCAUCUACGUAACCUCCCUCCUCUUCGCAAUCGGCUCCCUCAUCGCCGCCCUGGCCAACAACUUCCCCGUCAUCGUCGCCGGCCGCGUAAUCCAAGGUGCCGGAGGCGGCGGCAUCAUCGCCCUCACCGAAGUCAUCGUCACCGACCUCGUCCCCCUCGCCGACCGAGGCCGCUGGUUCGCCAUCCUCUCCGCCGUAUGGUCCGUCGGCACCGUAGCAGGCCCUCUCAUCGGCGCCGGCUUCGCGCAGAAUGUCUCGUGGCGCUGGAUUUUCUGGAUCAACUUGCCCAUCAUCGCCAUCGGCGCCGCCAUGGUCUUCUUCUUCCUCAAGCAGGCCAAGUUACCCGGGCACAUGGUUGAGAAGCUGAAGAGGUUUGAUUGGACUGGUGCUGUUCUGUUUACUGUUGGCUCGGGGAGUUUCUUGUUUGGCAUCUCUUCGGGGGGUGUCAUGUAUGAGUGGGAUUCGUGGCAGGUAUUGCUGUCUAUUUUGAUGGGUGUGGCUGUUUUGGGAGGGUUUGCGCUUUGGGAGGCGAGGUUUGCGACUGGGCUCGGCGUGGAGCUGUUGGUUCCUGCUAAGCUGUUCGAUAAUUGGAGUAUUAUCUCCUCUUAUAUCCAGGCGGUGCUCCACGGAGCUAUCCUCUGGUCGCUUAUCUACUUCCUAAUCCUCUACUACCAAGCCAUCCUCUUUUACUCCCCCAUAACCUCUGCCGUCGCCACCCUCCCCGAAACCCUAACCGUCGCCCCCUCCGGCAUGGUCGUCGGCAUAGUCACCGCCAUCACAGGCCGCUACCGCUGGGCGCUCUGGUCCGGCUGGGUCAUCACCACCCUCGGCGCCGGCCUCCUCUACCUCCUCGACGCCCAGACCUCCGUCGCCCAGUGGAUCUUCCUCAACAUCCCCGUCGGCAUCGGCACCGGAAUGCUCUUCCCCGGCCUGGCCCUCUCCAUCCAAGCCUCCUGCGCCCCUCUCCUCAACGCCGAAGCUGCGGCCUUCUUCUCCUUCGCUCGCACCUUUGGCCAGAGCAUCGGUGUUGCUGUCAGCGGUGUGCUCUUCCAAAAUGUCUUCAAGACGAAGUUGGAGGACUUGCCCGCUUUUGCCGAUAAGGCCCUGGAGCUUUCCAGAGACGCAACCAUUGUCGUCGGUGUCAUUAAGGGCAUGGAUCCUUCGCAGAUGAAGGAUGAUCUUAUCGGCGCUUAUAACGAUUCGUUGAAGGUCGUGUGGAUUAUGCUUACGGCUUUGGCCGGCGUUAGUAUGUUGCUCGGCUUCACCGUCAAGUCCUUUUCGCUGCAGAGGGAGCAUGUUACGAAGCAGGGGCUGGUGACGAAUGAGAAGGUUAGCGACGUCGAGGCAGACGCUGGGAACGGGGCAAAGGCGUAG